AUCUCAGGACAAACAAAAGAAACUUAGAGCAAAACUAUAACUUGUUCUUGAUAGUGCAAUGGGUCAAUGUUGUUUAGAGUUUCUUGGUUUUGUGGGAAUUCUAAAGGAAUCCAUCAAACUCCUCCUCCAAUCUAAAAAUGGGAAGCUCAUAGCCACCAUAACCACAAUCUCCAUCCUCCUAAACUCCCUGCUAUCAUCUUCCUUCCUCUUGUUCACCAGACCAUCCAUCGGUGAUUUACUUGCCAAACAAGCCCUUCUUUAUCUUCCAACACAAAACAGCUCUUAUACUGAUCCUGCUGAUAUGUUCGUUGACAUCAAACAUGACAUUCGAAUCCUCCUCCUAGUUGAGUUUGCUUUCUUUCUCACUUCCUUCACCGUCUCUGUCUUCUCUAUCUCAUCAAUGAUUCUAGCAUCAGCUGCGACUUACUAUGGAAAGAGCUUAUCUUUCAAAGACUUGCUUUCAAGGUUUUUCAAGUUAUUUGUAAGACCAUCAGUCACUUUUCUCCUAUUUCAACUUACUGUCAUAAGUUACAUUAUAGUCUUUGUUUUGGCUAUAAUGUUUUCUUUAGCGAUCGUAGGCACUGAUCAUCUCUUUACAUUCAUGCUCAUCUUUAUAGCACUUUACUUUUUAACCUCAAUUGUUUUGAUCUACUUAUUGGUUCUUUGGAAUUUGGCAAUGGUGAUUUCGGUGAUUGAAGAGAGUUGUUAUGGAAUUCAAGCUUUAAGAAAAGCCUCAAGACUUGUUGAAGGCAAGAGGCUAGAAGGGUUUGCCCUAAAUCUUGUCUUCGCUCUACCAAUUGUGAUUGUAUUUAUGGCUACUAUGAUGAGUGGAGAUAAAAAAUCAUCGUUAUCGACACAGAUAGUUAUGAUGCUUGUAAUGGCAGUUUUAAGCAGCUUGGUGAUGGUGUUUCAAUGGAUGAGCUUCACAGUGUUGUAUUUUCAGUGCAAGAAGACACAUGGUGAAGCAAUUGAAUUGCAAGGAGGAAUAGAAGAAUAUAGCAAAGUACUCUCCUCCACACCACUUCUCAAAGAAGAAAUCCCAUGGGAAUAUAAACUUUAAUUUUUACUUGUGAUUUUUAUUGGCCUCACAUAAUGUUUUUUACCAAGUUAUUUUGUAAUCUUUUUCUUUCAUAUAUAUGAUGUAUGUUGUUGGAAAA